AUGACAAUGGACGUUCAAAAUAACUACCAAAAUUACAAAGAGUCAUCCCCUGAUUCUAAGGAAACUAAUAUUAAUAUUGAAAGUGCCAGAACUUCGCAAGUUUUGAAGAGCGAUAUGCAGUCGACUAUGUUAAAUCAAGGUAAAGCGUCGAAAAGGUCCUUCGACGUUGCUUUUUUGAUGAUGCCAGAUGAGAAAUUGAGACAAAAGCAACCGGAAAGACAACUGAGAGUUUCAAAACAAUUAUUCAAUAAUGAAGAAUGGGAGCAUCACCCUAAAAGAAUUCCAGAAUUAUACAAGCCAAGUGAAUACUCGAAUGAAAAUUUAGAAAAAGAUACAGAAGAUGAUAGAGUUCGAGUGAACAACAACAUAUCGCCAACUUUUAGCGCCGAUAUCAAUAUUGACGUUGGAACAGAUGAGUAUCCGAAUAAAACUAUGUACUGCAGUGAUUCUGAGAAUUCUGACCGAUCUCGCAGUCGUCCGAACUCCAACGAAAGUGCCGCAAGACAGCCAAAGUUUCUACCGGAAUACAAAAAUAAAAUUUUCGACGAUCCAACAUUAAUCAGCAUGCAGUCAAGGGCAAGAUACGAUGCAAGAUAUAACGACAAACUCACAGAUAUGUCGCCUAAGAGUGCUUUUACGAAAGUUGCUAACUACAAUAUUAGAUCGCCGAAUCCAUCAGUCAGUCCCGAUAAUCUUCUGUACCAGAACUCUGUAAGUCCACCACUUUCAGCUGCCAGUCCUCCUUCUAAUACAUUUAAUAAGACACCAGUGUUCAACAAUCUGUUAUCAUCAGCACACUUAUUGAAUGGAAAUAAUUUCUUCAAAAGUCAAAACGUGUUGUCGUCCCCUAGCCAUCCCGACGCUUACCCGCUAUCACAACGACCCAAUGCAACUUUCAAUAAAAGUAUGGACUAUCCUGAGAAACAAAGUGAUCCGAAAUCCCAGAUGUCUCCAAAUAAAAUGAACUUUUUGCCAUUCAGACCUGAUAUACCUUACCUCCAAGCGGGUACAUCGUACCCAUUUGGUGUUCAGAACUUUCAAGCUCCUCCACAAGAUUUUAUGAAGUUUCCUGUACCACCGCGAGAACCUGUCAAUCCACUGAUAACGAAUCCUGCAGCGGCCAUAUUAAGCACCUUAUUACCGCCAACUUUGGCUGCUUUUUCUCUGCCCGCCCAGAAUGUCUGCGCUAAAUGCAGUAUUAGUUUUCGUAUGACAUCUGAUCUGGUCUAUCACAUGCGGACUCACCACAAGAGCGAAUCAACAGUGGAUCCGAAUAGAAGAAAAAGGGAAGAAAAAUUGAAGUGUCCUGUAUGCAAUGAAAGCUUCAGAGAAAGGCAUCACCUGACCCGCCACAUGACAGCACAUCAAGACAAAGAAGGGGACAUGGAUGAAGUACCCUCUUCACAGAAUUACAACAAAAAGAGCAAGCAAUAUUAUCACAAUGGUGGGUCGCUCAUUCACAAAUGA